UUUCAUCCCAUCAACAAAUCUAAAGUGAAAAAAUAUAUGAUCAUUUCCGUAGAUUUCCCAAAAUACAUUAGAUAAAACUCACCAUCUCUUUUAAAAAAAAAUUUAAUAGAACAGAAAUGGAGAGUUCCCUAACUGGAUAAAGUAAAUUUAUCUCAGCUCAAAAAUAAAUAGUAUGUUUAAUGUGGAAAGGAUAUCAUUAACUGCAUUAUUAUUAGCAUACUAAAUAUUAAAUUUAAUUGAAUUAACCUCUGGCAGGAGCCAAUAAGGUUAGACCAAAAAAGAUAAAGAACAUUAGAGAAACACUAAAACCUCCUACAAAGAUAAGAUAAUUCAGCAAUUAGUGGAGUACCAUGUUAAUCUAUAGAAAUCAAUUCCUUUGACAUAUGUAACUCACAAUUAGAAGACCAUCACAGGAGAAAUAGAAACUGAAAAACUAAAAUACUGUGAAUAAACAACAUAAAAUAUUAACAAGAAAACUAUAAAACAUUACUGAGGGACACAGAAGACUUAAAUUUAUAAAAUUCAUACCCUGUUUUUAAAUAGGAAAAUACCAUAAAGGCACCUUUGAUGUCAAUUCUCCUUAAGUUGUGAUUCCAUAAAUUUAAUAUGGUUUUAAUAAAAAUACCAACAGAAUUUUAAAACUAGAUAUAGUACUUCUAGAGUUCAUGUGGAAAAGCAAAUAAACAUGAAUAGCUAGAAAAAUUCUAGCUAUUAGACCCAUAAGACUUUAAAGCCACAAUGAUUAAAUAGUAUGAUACUAGCACAUGAAUAGAAAGAUAAAUCAAGGGAAGAAAAUUGUUCAGAAAAAUGGCCAAAUACAUGAGAAUUUACUUUAUGAUAAAGAUAGCAUCUCAACUCAAUGCAGGAAAAGAUAAAUCGGGUAAAUGGUAUUGCGGGACAACUGAGCAGACAUUUAGGAGAAAAAGUUGGAUCCAUCGUUCAGUCCUGACAAAAAUAUAUUCCGGAUGGAACAAAACCUUAAAGGUAAAAAAAUGCCAUAAAAGUACAAGAAUAAGCAUAGGAAGAUUCUUUCAUACAUCCAAAUGGAGGAAGCUUUUCUAACUAUAAAUCAAACCCAGAAGUAAUCAAGAAAACAACUAGCAAUUAAACUGCAUACAAAAAUUUUAAAAUCCUUUCUGAUGAAAAUCACCAUAAACAAAAGAUAGAUGACAAACAGGGAAAACAUUUGCAAUUCUAUUCACUCAUUUAGCUACUAUUUAUUGAAUGCCUACUAUAUGCCAGCUACUUUUCUAGGUGUUUGAGACAUUAUAGUGAACAAAACAGAGAGUUAAUUGCCCUAAUAUGUAAAGAGUUUCUAGAAAUUAGUUUUUAAAUAAUCAACAGCAAAUGGUUUAAACAGACAGUUUAUAGUUAAGGAAACAAGAAGCCCAAAACCAUGUGAAAAAAUUUUCAACCUUACUCAAUGAAGCAAUGAAACAAGAUGAAACUACACUGAAAUAUGAAUUUUUACUUAUCAAAUUAGCAGAAACUCCAAAAUUUUAUUGCCCACAGUGCUGGUACAAGUGUGGAGCAUGGGCAGCUUCAUGUGUUACUGGUAGGUGGCAGUGACACAUGAAUAAAGAUAUAAUAAACUAAAAAGUAUGUUGUUUUACUAACAGUUAAUUACAAUAUCAAAGGAAGAUAAAACGCUAAGUUAGUACUAUAAUAGUAGCUAUCAGAGUGCAAUUUACCAAACAGAAUUUAUCCUACACAUAAACUGCAGGCCUAAACAAUAAUACAUAUGCAUAGUUAUUCUUUGCACCAUUGUUUGCAAACAACCUGAAUACCAGUCACCUCUAUGGCAUUCUUCCUCCAAAAUUUGUAUCCCCCAUCUAAAUCUUGAGAAAGACAAAACCAAAAUGAAAAAGGACUUCUACAAAAUACCUAACCAGCCCUCUUCAAAAGCAUCAAGGUCAUGAAAAACAAGGCAGAAAAACUCAAGAGUGAAGGAGACCAAGGAGGAGUAGGUUCUGGAACAAAGGAUACUAGUAGGAAAACUGGGGUGAUCUAAAGUCUGGAGUUUACUUAAUAGUAUUGACCCAAUGUUAAUUUCUUAGUUUGAUGAAUGCAUCAUGAUUAUAUAAGAUAACAUUAGAGGAAGCUGGGUGAAGGGUCUCAACCUCAGCACCACUGACAUUCAGGGCAGAUCAUUAUUGGUUGUGGGGACUGUCCUGUGCAUUGCAGGAUGUUUAGUUGCAUCGCUGGCCUCAACUCACUGGCUGCCUAUAGUACCAAUUCCCCAGAUCAUGAUGACCAAAAAUGUCUCCAGACAUUCUUCCCUCUCCAUUGCAAACUCACCCUUUAUUGAACACCACUGAUAUACGCUAAUCCCUAAUAUCAACUAACCAUUGAAAUGCUGUACCUCUUGGUGUAUAAAAAGAAGAAACCGACAUCUUCAAUGUCUAUGAGAAUGGUUUUUAACUAAUCAACACCUUAAUUAACCAGUAGAAGGCGUAUUUAGUGGCAAUUUGCUUAUAACUGCCUAUACCUCACCAGGACAAAACUGUGGUUUGUCAGAGAGUCUUUAGCCACAAACAGAAUAAUAACCACUGGCUUGUAUUUUUAAAAGGAUAUGGGGAAUGCUAUAGACACUGGAAAGAAAAAUACAUUAUAAGAAGCCUAGGCUGGACACAGUGACUCACGCUGUAAUCCCAGCACUUUGGGAGGCCAAGGCGGGCAGAUCACCUGAUGUUAGGAGUUAAAGACCAGCCUUGCCAAAAUGGUAAAACCCUGUCUCUAGUAAAAAUACAAAAAUUGGCUGGGCGUGGUGGUGGGCACCUGUAAUCCCAGCUACGUGGGAGGCUAAGGCAGGAGAAUCGCUUGAACCCGGGAGGCAGAGGUUGCAGUGAGCAGAGAUCACACCGUUGCACUCCAACCUGGGCAACAAGACCGAAACUCUUGUCUCAAAAGAAAAGAAAAGAAAUCUAUACCCACUCUGAUGCCAUUAUCUUCAGACAUAUUAGAUAUAAAUGAAAAGUCAUUUCAGUCAUGAUGAUAAUUGUCUUUAGAAGAAAAUUAUACCAUAAGAAUAUCUCCAGGUUUUCAAAAUCAUGUACCUAGAAAUCAUUCCAUAAAUAAGGAGUCAGGCAAAACAAAGGAAUUCAUCAGUGAGAGGAGAAGGUUAGGGAUCUCAUUCCCCUGCAACUACUGGCUGACCCCAACCCUGCAUUGCAAAACACUUGGCCCCCUCUGACCUCAAAAAGCAUUUAAAGGUGCUUCCUCAUUAAGCUCUAUUUAGUGUCUUUACUAUUCACCCAUCUGCCUCAGUCUGGACCAGAUCUAUUGCCUGAUCUUCAAUUGGUUGCUGACUUUUUUGUCUCUUCCUGAUUCUGGGAUUCCAGAGGCUCAGUAUGUUCCUUCUGCACAUGCUUUUUGAGGGAAAUGUCCUCAAAAAAAGAUUAUUUCACACCACCUUGAACAGACUCCAAACUUAGGCACUACAGUUUCUAAGCAGCCUUUGGAUUCUUUGUUUUUGAAGUUAGAUCUUUUCAGCUAUUCGUGGAAAAUUUGCUUCACUCUACUCCAGGAUUACCAAUAGAAAUGGAAGGACAGAAAUGGCAUUAGUGUUCAGAGAAGAUUAUCUAUACAUGGAUGUAUGAACACUGAAAAUUAUAUGAGAGUCAACAUAAAACCAGCAUUACAGGUACUAAAACAUAAAUCCUGAUGGCUUUCACCAUUUUCUUAAGAGCAAAAUUGCAAAAUGUGAUAUUAAGAGCAUCCUAGACAAAUAUGAGUGAAUGAUUUGUUUUUCCUUAAAAGAGCAUCCAAGUAUAUUGUGAUGAUUUUCACAUAGAUCAAAGAGAGCACCCUUCUGUCAACAGGUAUCUGCACUUUUCAGGACCUGGCAGAAAUUCUAUGUUCUGCCUUUAAAGGUCAGGUUCAAAAGUAGAGGCAGCUGCCAGGCCCCUCUGCCCAGAGCUAAGUGUCUGGGACCAUCAGUGGGAAGGACCGAGGCUUGAGCCGUCUUAGUCCUCCAGAGGGCAUGUGGCGCCACCCACCCCCACUGCAUCUGCGCCCCACGAGGCUCUGGUGUGGGCGUGACUACACCUCGCCGCCAGACCCACCCUGCACGCGGCGCCUCGUGCGCUUUCAGACAUUUCUACGCCAACGGUCACUGAGCCCUGACACUUGGUCUCUGGGCCUGACCGCAGAUUUCUCAAACUUCUGGCAGCCCAGCGUCUACUGGAAGGCCAGACCCACUGCCCCGCUCUCAUGGGCAACUACCUGAGCCGCUUCCUGGGCUGGCCCUGGGCCCAGAAGCCGCGCCCGACCUGGGUGUACUUUCCCCGGCGGCCCAGACCCUUGUCCCAGGCCCCGGAGCAGCGCAAGUUCACCUACUACCAUGGGAACUCCUGGGUCCGCACCCGGCCACUCCUCACCGCUCCUGGCCGGGACUACGCCCGCAUCCGGAGAGAGAGGGUCCCCGAGGCCCAGAGGCGCUUUCCCAACAGGCCGCAGCCUCUGAGCAACGUCUGGCCCGAUUUCUCCCCGGCUCACCUGGCCUUCAUGAAGCGGUGGCUGCUUUCGAAUGCCCGCCACCCCCAGCCCGUUCGCAGGCUGGCGACCGUGAAAAUCGCCCCGCCGGAGCGCAGAGGUAAGCUGGCGUCCAGGCCAUCUGCCUUCAAGCCUGUGAUGAGAAGCGGAGUCGCCCAUGCCUUUGUGCCCAGAUCUGGGCUGUUGGGAAGAUGCCCCCACUUUGGGCCAGCAGUGUCUCCGAAGAGAUGCAGCAUCAUCCCACUUCUCCCUGGCGGCCGCCUGCCCCGCUGCAGAAAGUGUGGCCGCCAGUGGCCCGGUCGCAAAGCCACCACAGGAGCACUGGCCCUGUGGGCAGCACUGCCCCGACACCUCAGGCUUGCCUGCAUCCGGAAGGAGUUUCUUUCGACUGGGGGCCAUGCGCCUCUGAGCACACCCAGCUUGCUGCCCGGCUCCGAGAGCCAGGCCCCUGCCACCACCUCCUGAGCCUCCAGCCCUCAGCACCUUCAGCCUGUUGACCCCAGUUCCAGCCCCACACCAGCCACCGGCCCCACCAGGGUACUUCCCACUGCUCCAGCCGACCGCUCUGCGAGCCCCAGGCCCACCUCCCCUCUCCCCCCAAACCCUUCCCUUUCCCCUGCCAAUUCACUCCUGCCUUCUCCCUGGGGACAGAAGGCAUGCUUCUCCCCAGUUUCCGCAAUAAAAUAUGUGUCAUUAUUAA